AUAAUUUUAAUGUAAUGUCAUAAUACUGUUACGCCCGGUAUAGGCGUGUACAUGUAUUAUGUUAUAAACGUCUUUUGUCUAUGAGUGGCGAUGUUCGUGUUAUUGAGGUCUGAAGCCUUGUUUUGGUGACAGACGUGUGGAAUAAACGUUGGAGUUUUUCAAAGAUUCUGCUUUAUUAUUUAUCGCACGCGAGUGCCUUUUGUGUGAGAGCGCGCGAGAGUGUUUGUGUAACCGACGGACGUAACAUUUUUGGGGGCUCGUCCGGGAUAGGACGAGCAAGACGAGCUUUAGACGAUUUUUGAACUAUGGCUUUCGUGCAUACUCCGAGGAAGGGGAUGUGCACGCGCUCCUCAGGAACGAUUUCACAAUCUCCGGGAGUCGACGAACGUUCGAGUGUGCGUUCUACGGGAGAUUUCGUCGAGAGGACGACGGAAGAUAACAUCGAGCGUACAACAGGAGAUGCUGAGACUCCGGGCUCGCGGAGUUGUUGCGAGCUGCGUUGGAGGAGCUUCGCACGAUGAAGGAGGAGCGUCUUCGCUUUCAGCAGCGUGAGGACGAACUUAAUGAACAACUACGUCGAAUACAAGGCCAGUCGUUUACCAAUUAAAAUUCUGCUUCAGAAAAUAAUAUCGGUUUUAAAUUAAAGCCGGAUACUUAUGAUGGAAAUUCUUCAUUGCGCGAAUUUCUUUCUCAAUUCCGUUUACUCGCUCAAGUAAAUAAUUGGACUGAAACCGUUAAAGUAGCGGUUUUAGCUUCAUGUCUUAGAGGGAAAGCGCGUUCAAUUUUAGACGGGAUUUCGGAAUUGGAGAAUUUACAAUUUUCUGAAUUAGAGUCACGCUUAGAAUUGCGUUUCGGAGAAAGUCACUUGUUUCAGUCUUUUUAUACACAAUUUACUAAUAGAAAGCAACGUAUAGGGGAAGAUAUUCCCACUCUUUGAGCAAAUCUUGAACGUCUGUCUCGUCUAGUCUAUCCGGAAUGCUCUACGGAAGUACGAGAUAAAAUCGCAUGCUUACGAUUUGUUGCUGCGCUUGCGGACGGUUUUGUUAAACAAACCCUUCAAUUGGAGGGAGUGAUUUCCCUGCGUGCAGCGGUAGAAAGGGCUAUGGCCAUUAAGGCUAUAAGGGAAAAUAGUGAGAGAGAAUAGAGAGAGAGAGAAAGAGAGGGAGAGAGAGAGUUGUGCUUCCCUGGAAGUCCACGCCUGGGAGGACGGGUUCGGGGAAUCGUUCUUUCUUUGGAAAUUGGGAAAAAGUUUCGUUUUUUUUUAGGGCAAAAAAUUGUCAAACUUGUGUCUUCGUGGGAAUUUUAUUGUAAACUCGUGACUAAAAAAAAGUUUUUCUUUUGCAGGUUUAUUUUUAUUUUAAGUGAGAUACUCGUUGGAAUUUUUUUAAUUUCAGUUUUGGGAUUCGUGCGAAGUGAAGUUUUUCUUGUGAAGAAUCGUCGAAACUUUGUGUUAAGAAGACCGCCUUGCCCCGGUUUUUUUGAAUUGAGGUUUUUCCGAGGGCCUGAGGGCAAAUGUCGAGGCGGGGACAUAGGGAGCCCUUAAGGCGUUGGGUCCUCGAGAGUUAAUUUCCCCCCCCCCCCCUUGUCCGAAGAAUGAAGGAAGAAGUGCUCAAAACUCAAGCUGAAGAGUAAGAAUGAGCUACAGCUUAGCAGGAAGAUGACGUCUUGUGGACGAAGUCACGCAGCUCCGAAUCCCUUUGCAGCAGCUAGGGGAAGAGCAAGAAGUCGUGAAGAUUUAGAAGUCCUUAGUUGGUUGUCGGGACGACAACCUAAAGAAAGGGGGCAGUGUUACGCCCAGUAUAGGCGUGUAUUAUGUUAUAAACGUCUUUCGUCUAUGAGUGGCGAUGUUCGUGUUGUUGAGGUCUGAAGCCUUGUUUUGGUGACAGAUGUGUGGAAUAAACGUUGGAGUUUUUUAAAGAUUCUGCUUUAUUAUUUAUCGCACGCGAGUGCCUUUUGUGUGAGAGCGCGCGAGAGUGUUUGUGUAAUCGACGGACGUAACAAUACUUUACACACUAAUCACAAACAAUAUGUUUAAAUAGUAUAAUUAUUUUGUAAUAAAUGUUUAAAAUGACGUCCACCUGUUUCAAUGCAAGCGAAGGUGAAUUCUUGCAAUUAUCUUGUUGUAGAGUCGUCUCAGUAUCACUGUAACAAUGUUCAUCUUACCAUUUUUUUUGUUAUUAUUACAAUACAAUUUAUUUUUAAAUUAUUUGACAAUAUUUUGCGCAAUUAUUAAUUAAAAAUUUAACAAUUGUUAAUUGAAGGCAUGAAUAAAUCAUUACAAAUGUUUAUCUAAUAAAUUACAAAAAUUUAGGAUAAAACAAGAAGUCAAAAAUUAAAUAAAAGAGAGAUAAGAAAAAGUAAAGAUUUCUGAUAAACCUUUAUCAAUAGAAGAUGCGUUCUCAAAUAUUGUACAUUUCUGUGUAGAUAUUGUCCUAUUAAAAAAAAUCAACGUUAAUUAAUCAAAUAAUUAAGAUAGUUCUCCAGUUCUUCUAAGAAAUGUGUUUUGUAUGUUUUAAUAUUUAGAGAUGUUUUAAUAUUUGCAACUAAUUUUUUUUCUAAAACGCCAUUUUUCCAAUUACCCCGGCAUUUACUUUUUAUAAAUAUGAAAUAAUUUCUACUGCAAAAGUCGCUUUCUAAUUUCAAUUUACUUUAUUAAAAAAUUAGGACAAUACAAAAUACGUAUACAAAAAAGUUUAAAUUAAAUAAUUUAAAGUUUAAACAAUACAAUACAAAUCCUAAUAAAACUGGGAAUUGUAUUAUAAUAACAAAUAAAAAUAAUGGGAGGUUCUCAGAUGCGCACAGACUCGAUCGGACACCACCAAUCACGAAAUCUAAUCUAAUCCAACCAACGGAAAUACUCUAGGCAUUGGCCAUUACAAUUGGUGGUGUCCAAUUGGGUUUGUGCGCAACUGGGACUCUUCCGAAAUAAUGAAUACGACAUUACCGUUUGAAAGCAGUUCUUAGUGCUCAAUAAUUUUUUUAAGUAAACUUUAUAGACAUUUACAAAAUUCCCCGAAACUGCGUAUCGCAAUUUCACCGGACUUAAAAGACAGUUUUAAAGAAGAAUCUAAAUAUAAAGCACAAAAUUAAAUUGUUAAUCAAUUUAAUUAUUAAUUUGAUGCUUGUACUAUCCCUAAUCUUGAAAUACUAAAGAGAUUUCUUUAGCUGUGUUAUAAAUCCGGCGAAAUUGUAGCAAUAUAUAAACACAAUUGCUAACACUUUGUUAACUCGACAGAUGUGUUGAUAAAUGUAAAAAGGUCGAAUUGGUUUUAUUUUUGCAGAGCCAGAAUAAAAGUUAAUACAAUUCUUCUACGACAAGGCAAUGGCUGCUCAGUUAGAAAGUGUCUACAGUCCCAUUAGGCGGGAGUCCGUGAUCGAAAAUGAAAUACCGUAUACCGAUAGUGACAUUGUCAUUACGGGGAUAUCAGGCCGUCUGCCCGAGUCAACUAAUAUCGAUGAGUUUAAAAAGAAUUUAAUGAACGAAAUAGAUAUGGUGACAGUUGACGAGGGGCGUUGGGCAAGAGGUCUUUAUGGGCUUCCAGUCAGAUAUGCCAAGAUAAAGGACCUCAGCCACUUCGAUGCCACUUUUUUUGGAAUACAUUCCAAACAGGCACAUGCAAUGGACCCUCAGCUUCGUUUAAUGUUAGAAUCAACCUAUGAAGCCAUAAUUGACGCUGGUAUCAAUCCUACGACUAUGAGAGGAUCGCGUACCGGUGUAUUUGUCGGUAUCUCUACCUCGGAAUCGGAUGAAUUUUGGUUGAGAGAUCCAAAAAUCAUAAAUGGAUACAAUCUGCUCGGCAGUUCCAGGUCUAUGUUCGCCAACAGAAUUUCCUAUGCAUUUGACUUUACUGGACCUAGUUACGCAUUAGAUACAGCUUGUUCCUCCUCCUUAUAUGCCACACAUCAAGCUGUAAGCGCAAUACGUGCCGGCGAGUGCGAUGCUGCAAUCGUCGGUGGACUGAAUCUUGUGUUGAGACCGAAUUACUCACUGCAGUGUCUGAAAUUAAAUAUGCUGUCCCAAGAUGGCAAAUGCAAAACAUUUGACGUUUCGGCUAACGGUUACGUAAGGGCUGAUGCGGUGGUGGCAAUAUAUUUACAGAAAGCAAAGGAUGCGCGUCGAGUAUACGCGACAGUAAUUCGAACAAAGACAAAUAUAGAUGGCUACAAAUCCGAGGGUAUUACGUAUCCCAAUGGUGAAAAGCAGUAUGAAUUGAUGCGUGAUAUUUAUACCGAGGCUGGAAUUAAUCCCGUGGACGUGAGUUACGUAGAGGCUCACGGUACCGGUACUAAAGUAGGAGAUAGGGUGGAGGUAAAUUCGAUCGAAAAACUAUUCUGCAAAGACCGGAACACUCCAUUAUUAAUAGGCUCGGUCAAAUCCAACAUGGGUCACUCGGAACCGGCCAGUGGAUUAUGCUCGAUCGCCAAGAUAUUAAUCGCGAUGGAAGCAGGCGUAAUACCGGCCAAUUUGCACUUUAAAACACCAAAUCCAAACAUUCCUGCAUUAAAGGAAGGACGCAUUAGAGUGGUCGACAAGGCCACACCAUGGAACGGUGGUCUCGUGGGCAUCAAUUCGUUCGGCUUUGGCGGCGCAAACGCGCAUGUCAUUCUCCGUAGCAAUCCAAAAAGAAAAUCAAAACCGUCACCGCCAUUGAACAUCACAGAAUUGUUGCCCAAGUUGGUUGCAGUAUCGGGUCGAACAAAAGAAGGUGUGCAUACUUUAUUAAAUAAAGCACAAGAGCAUCGUAAUGAUGAUGAAUUUCUCUCGUUGUUACGAAUAAUUCACAAUAAUGCUAUUUUCGGCCAUGACUUUCGCGGCUACGAAAUACUUAACAUCGAUGGUACACGUGAAGUGACUGAGAUAACGAGCUCUAAAGAGAGGCGUCCAAUUUGGUUCGUAUUUUCCGGUAUGGGCACGCAAUGGGCGGGCAUGGGACAUCAAUUGUUCGGCAUUGAAACUUUUCAACGUAGUUUACGACAAUGCGCGGUCGCGUUGGCACCCCAUGGCAUCGAUCUCAUGACUAUUAUUAUGAACGCCACUGACAAAAUAAUCGAAGAAGUAAUAAAUUCUUUUGUGGCUAUUACGGCUAUGCAGGUCGCUCUUGUAGAUGUCUUAACGUCGAUAGGUAUAUCGCCGGAUGGUAUAGUCGGACAUUCCACGGGAGAACUAGCGUGUGCAUAUGCUGACGGUGCGUUUACAUUAGAGCAAACUAUUUUAGCGGCUUACUAUAGAGGUAAGGCGAUUAUAGACUCUAAGUUGGAAUCGGGCGCUAUGGCGGCAGUUGGUUUGAGUUGGGAAGAGGCCAGAAAAAUAUGCCCACCAAAUAUCUUUCCAGCUUGUCAUAACGCCAAAGACAUAGUCACGAUUUCCGGUCCGACUGAGUCUGUGCAAAAGUUUGCAGAAACGCUUAAAAGCAAAGAUAUCUUCGUCAAGAAGGUGAGAAGUUCCGGCUUUGCAUUUCACAGCAAAUACAUCGCCUCGGCCGGGCCAAAGCUACGUGAUUCUCUCGACAAAGUAAUCCCGAAUCCGAAACAAAGGUCAGCCAGAUGGAUUUCCAGUUCCAUCCCCGAGUCUGCAUGGGACAGUCCGCUCGCACAGACUAGCUCGUCUGCGUAUCACGUAAAUAAUUUACUCUCUCCUGUACUUUUUCAAGAGGCGAUGGCGCAUAUUCCAGAGAACGCAAUAACAAUCGAAAUUGCGCCGGACUGUUUGCUACAAACAAUUUUGCGCAGAUCAUUACCACCAACGAUAACCUAUAUUGGUCUUCACAAACGGAAUCAUUUGGACAACGUGGCAUUUCUACUGUCUAAUGUGGGUAAGAUGUAUAAUACUGGUGCAAAACUUGAUAUUUUAAAAUUAUACCCGCCGAUAAGUUUUCCGGUCGGUAGAGGAACACCGAUGAUCGGGCCUCUAAUCAAGUGGGACCAUUCCACCGCUUGGAAUGUGCCUAAUUUCAAUCAGACAUCAAGGCACUCGGGAGAGCAUAUAGUCGAAAUAAAUAUAUCAAAAGAAACAGAUGCAUAUCUAGCUGGACAUCAGAUAGACGGACGAGUAUAUUUUCCAGUUUCUGGCUAUAUUCUGUUAGUAUGGAAAACUUUGGCUGAACAGCGUGGUACGGAUUUUGAAAGAUUGCCGGUGGUAUUCGAGAACGUGCGCUUUCAGAGAAGCAUUCUUAUGCCGAAAGAAAAAACGGUGAAAUUUUUGAUAACCAUUUUCGAGGGAACGGGCGACUUUGAAAUCUGUGAGGGCGCUACAAUCGUUGUCAGCGGAAACGUCCGCGUGUCCGAAACUAUUGCGAAAGAUCAGCUGGAGCUGUUGCCAACACCAGUGAUACGUACCGAUGAUGAGAUUUUGCCAUUAACUUCCAAAGAUAUUUAUAAAGAAUUAAGGUUGCGCGGGUGCGAAUAUCGCGAUGUCUUUCAAGGAAUCAAAUCUUGCGAUAAUUACGUCGUUACCGGUCAAUUGUACUGGUUCAAUAAGUGGAUUCCGUACAUAGAUACUAUGCUUCAGUUUGGCAUUAUGUCUGCUAACCAUAGACUAAUGUAUGUACCAAAGCGUAUCCAAUACGCCGCGAUCGAUCCCAUUCUUCAUAAACAACUCGUGAAAGAAUUACCAGAGGAUGGUGGAUUACCGGUGUAUCACUAUAAAGACAGUGAAGUUAUUGAUUCGGGUGGUAUUGAGCUCAGAGGACUUAAACUUUCUUUGGCACGUCGCCGACACCACACUCAAGUUGAACCUAAGUAUGAACGAUACAUUUUUGUGCCCUAUGAAAAUUCGCAUAAUCUAGAUCAUCCAAGGGGAGGAAAAAUAUACGCACUUACUAUCCUUUUGCAAAUUAUGUGUGAAAAUAUGAUGGCAUUGAAACUGAAAACCGUGGAAGUUGCCGGUAAACGGGUUGCGGAAGAUCUUUUGGCGCCGAUUAUAUUUAACAUUUUCAAUAAUGAAUUAAUAUCGCCUAUCAUAGAUUUACAAGUAAUAGCAGCUCCUGUCCACAAUUACAUACAGAGUUUGAAUCAAAUGAAAGUGAAUGCUAACGUCGUAAUGCGAGACGUGAAGGAAGUACCUCCUGCUCUGGAUGUGCACUUUGUCAUAGCGGCGGAUGUUCUGUCGAAUAAGUCUUACGUCAUUCUCAAAAAUUUGGUGGCUGCUUUAAAACCUGGUUGUUUCAUUCUAUUGGAAGAAAGUACUGUGCACUUGGAUUUGAAAACUGUGUUAGAAGAAAAUGAUCUAUCGUUGGCUGGAAAACAAACCGAUCCAAUAGGAAAAACUUUCUUGUUGCUAAAGAAACGGGAAGAAAAGAAACAACCGGUGGUAAUACAAAUCACAGACAAAAAUCUCUCGUGGCUGGAGGAUGUAGAAACAGCGUUGAAGAAAUCUGAUAGCGAAAAUCAAGAAGUGUUCUUUAUAUCUCAGAACGAAGAAACACUUGGCAAUGCAAAUGCACGCUUCGUUUUUAUCCAGGACAAGAAUGCUCCCAAGUUUGACUUAACCGAGAAGUUUUACGCAGAACAGUUAAACAAAGGAUUGACUGCCAAUGUGCUGAAAGGAGGACAAUGGGGCAGUUAUCGACACGUACCUUUGGAUGUAUCCUGUUUACAAGUGCAUCAUGUAUAUGCCAAUACAUUGAAGUGGGGUGACCUCAGCAGCUUAAAAUGGAUUAAAAGCCCAUUAAAUUAUGACCAAAAUUUUCUUAAUAAGAAACUUUGUUACGUAUACUAUGCUCCAAUAAACGUCAGGGAUAUCAUGUUGGCGAGUGACAAAUUACCAUUAGACAUCUUGCCACGGAAUGUGGCUACGAAAGAGUGCGUAUUGGGAUAUGAAUUCUCCGGAAGAGACGCUGAAGGUCGUCGCGUGAUGGGCAUAGUUGAAGCUAAAGGAAUAGCGACCACUGUAGUUGCGGAUCUUGAUUUUCUUUGGGAUGUACCUGACAGAUGGACUUUAGAAGAAGCUGCAACUAUACCUAUCGCUUACGCUACUAGUUACUAUGCUCUAUUUAUACGGGGUCGAUUGAAAGCAGGCGAAAGCGUAUUAAUCCAUGCUGGUAAUUGCGGUGUUGGUGAAGCAGCGAUUGCCAUUGCGUUGCAUGCUGGUUGUAUAGUCUUCACUACUGUCGAUACUCCGGAAAAAAGAGACUAUCUCAAGAAAGUCUUCCCGCAAUUAAAUGACAGGCACAUCGGCAAUGCCAGAGAUACAAGUUUCGAACGGCUUAUACGUAUUGAGACACAAGGACGUGGAGUCGACGUCGUACUAAAUUCACUGGGAGAGGAGAAGUUGCAAGCUGGCAUUCGGUGCCUUGCGGAUUACGGCCGUUUUCUAGAAGCCGGCAAGUAUGAUUUGUCGAAUGUCAACCAUAUAGGAAUGUCAUUGUUUUCGAACAAUAUGUCUUUCCAUGAUAUAUUGUUGGAUACGGUAUUCGGUGACGACGUGGGAGAAAAUGACAGGGUGAUAAAGAAGAAACUAGUAAAACUUAUUUCAGAAGGUAUCAAGAAUGGCGCGGUACGUCCGCUCCAAUCAAUUGUUUUUUUAGAACAACAACUCGAGCAGGGUUUCAGAUUCAUGGCGACGGGCAAGCAUUUUGGCAAAGUACUACUGAAAAUCCGUGAUGAGGAACCGAGGAAGCGAAUCCUACCAACGCCAAAGGCAGUAGCAGCAAUUCCGCGUACUUACAUGAAUCCGGAGAAAUCAUACGUCUUGGUCGGUGGUCUCGGCGGAUUCGGUCUAGAACUGGCCGACUGGAUGAUCAGUCGUGGUGCCAAAUUCAUCGUUCUCGUAUCACGCUCAGGCAUACGCACCGGUUAUCAGGCAUUUUGUGUGCGUCGCUGGCGCGAAAACGGAGUGAAAAUCAUUAUUUUCAUAGAAGAUGUUACGACACCAUCAGGUGCCCAACGUUUGAUCCAAGAAAGCAACCAGUUGGCUCCGGUAGGUGGUGUAUUUAAUCUGGCAGUCGUCAUACGUGAUGCCCUGAUCGAAAACCUGAAAGAAGCCGAUUUCAAAGCGGUUAUUUUACCGAAAGUCAAUAUUACAAGAAAUUUAGACGCGAUAUCGAGGAUGCUCUGCCCAUUGUUAGAUUAUUUUGUGGUGUUUUCGUCUUGGUCAAGCGGUCGCGGUAGUAUUGGUCAAACCAACUAUGCUUUUGCAAACUCAACAAUGGAGAGAAUAAUGGAAGAGAGGCAGUCUAAUGGUUUACCUGGUCUCGCCAUUCAGUGGGGUGCCAUCGGAGAUGUUGGCUUAGUCAUGGAAAUGAUGGGAGGUAAUGACGUCGAGGUGAGCGGAACUAUACCACAACACAUUUCGAGUUGUCUUGCUACGAUGGAUAUAUUCCUUCAAGAACCGCAUCCAGUUCUGGCUUCUACCGUGUUCGCUAAAAAGUAUAAGUCUGACGAUGACAACAAAACUGAUCUUGUCGCAACCGUUGCUAAUGUUUUAGGUAUUAAAGGCGUUGAUUCGAUUAAUCCCAACAUUACCUUAGCCGAUUUAGGUCUGGAUUCGCUAAUGAACACAGAGAUAAAACAGACUCUUGAAGGGAAUUAUGACAUUGUUUUGUCGGCGCUAGAGAUCCGUGCCUUAACUAUCACUAAAUUGCGAGAAUUAUCUUCAAUGUAUAACGAGUAAGCUGUUUCGUUUUAUUAAAAAAAAAUUUUUAAACUAAAUAUUAAUUAUAUUUAAUUAUAAAACUAUACAUUAUAUUAUAAUAGUAUACAAUUUAAAUAGUUUAUUCUUGCAAAUAUAUGA